UCCCCUGUCGAGCUCUUCGUUGCUUUUCUAAACAACAGAUCAUAAUUCCUAUAGAUUUCAUCGCAACUCCAAAUUCUCUCUCUCUUUCUCUCUCUCUCUCUCUCCCAAUGGAUCUUCGUCACAGUUGCUUCCUAUUGAUUGCUUCAUUGCUUCUCUGCAAGCAAUCUACGGCCGAUGGUUCUGGCUCGGUCUUCUUCCUCGACAGCCCCAUUCAUCAAUACCUUCGGCCUCUGUCAUCUGAUGCUGCAUCUGAGACUGAUCCAAUGGUACUCCCAGAAGUUGGUGCUGCCGUGUCAGUAUUGCUUGGGUUUGCACCACCUUCUACCCUUUCAGCUGCUAGUUCAUCGAAGUUGAAUGAGGUGCUCAUGCCUAAUCCAUUUGAUAGGCCUCGUGCUGUUUUCAUGCUAGCGGUCGAAGAAGCCAAAGGUUCUCAAGUCAUGGUGCAGUCAGCUAAUGCUUUCUUUGGUACUGCCCUUAGGAGCAGGGAUCUUAUAACCUCAACGAAAGCUGAUAUUCAACUCCCAGGUGAAGAUGAAGUCUUGGUAGUUUCCUUGAAUGAACCGUUAAGCGCUGAUACUGACAUGGAAUUGACUGAAAAGGAAAUCAGUGAUCUUGCAUCCUGGUUGGGUGGAACAUAUGUUGCUAAAGCCUUGGAGCCAAUGACUGGAGAGUUGACUAUCCCCUUGGCAAGUUGUGCCAGUCUAAAUCUUCUUAUGUCCAAGAAAGCAGACAGAGAAUUCAUCGGAAGCCUUGUUUCUCUCAUCCGUAAUAUUAGGAGGGCAAUGGAUAUGCAUCAGGAUUUGUUUGGAAGUAUGAAAAAACCGGCAGAGUUGAUUCGAGGAAGUUUUGAUGGCAUUAAGGUUCUGCAAGAGGAGUACGGACCUGAAGGUGUUACCCAGCAAGGAGUGGAGUUACUCUUUACUUCAGUUGCAAAGAUAUUUGAUUCCUUACAAUCCGUGUACGAAGGAAAAAUUGUGGGAGUCAUCUUGUCUAAUGAAACACCUUCUCAAGAGUCAGAAACAGUGUUGAAUGUUAUGUUCACUUCUCAGCCCUCUGCUCGUUGGCUGGAGGAAACAACAGGCUUGCCAAAUUCAACGGAUGUGGCAGCAAUACUGUUGGUUAGGCGGACUCUAGCUUGGGUUACAGGAAUCAUUCUUCUAGUUGCCACUAUCAUGGGGAUUUACUUCCUUAUGUACAUGCCGAUCACAAGGGACACCCUUCUAUAUUCCAACGUCAAGCUUGACUGAGAAUUACUGGGAGGAUGUUUUCUACUUUGAUCUGCAUAUGUAUUCCAGGGAAUUGACCUCUAGUAAAACUUCGUGGUGGAGGUGGACUUGAAGCUCUUCUACUUAUUGUAUCUAGUAAAAACUGCGGUAACUGGACUGUUUUGGAGGGUAGGGAAACAAGUGGGGGCUAUUCUGUUAUUAUGUGUAUUCCAUGGGUUAAUGAUAGCAUUUUUUUUUUCGUUUCUCGAUUUGUAGUUUUGUAUCCGAAUACAAAAUACUGAAUGAGGAAAAGUAAUAAUUGCAAUCGUCGUUGUUCGUCAA